GGGAGGGGCGCUGGCGCGUUCCCUGGGGGCGGCUGCGGGCGUCGCAGGGCGGCCUUAGGGAGACGGUUUGGGGCGCCUCGGUUUCCGGGCGCGACCUGGGAUCCGAGUUUCUGCCGGCGGAGAGAAGCGGCUGCCCUUAUUCCUGUUGAGCACAAGUUGCGCGGAGUGACGCUGGGAUGCGCCGUCAGGAGACGGAAUGGCCGGCGUCCCUUAGGGAACGAUGCCGAGUUGUCCUGGAACCGGCAGGCCGUUUAAACGCGUUCCAGUUCUCAAACCUCGAGCGUAGACAGCGGCAGUGCAAAAAGGACACAAACGGAGAAGUCCUGUGGGUGUGGUGCUACCCCCGCACAACAGCCGCCCUCCGCAGCCUGCUGCUCAGGAAGUGCUGCCUGACGCGGGAGAACGCGCUCCUGCACCCUUUUGUCUUCGGUCAGUACAGAAGGACCUGGUUUUACAUCAUGACAGUUGAAGUUCCAGAUUCCUCAGUUCUGAACAAGGUGACUCAUUUUUCUAUUGUUCUGACCGCCAAAGAUUUUAACCCAGAGAAAUAUGCCGCCUUCACUAGGAUAUUGUGUAGAAUGUACCUGAAGCAUGGGAGCCCAGUUAAGAUGAUGGAGAGCUACAUCGCAGUUCUCACCAAGGGAAUAUGCCAGAGUGAAGAGAACGGCUCCUUCCUCAGUAAGGACUUUGAUGCCCGAAAGGCCUACCUUGCGGGCUCCAUCAAAGACAUUGUAUCUCAGUUUGGAAUGGAAACUAUAAUCUUACACACUGCGCUGAUGCUCAAGAAAAGAAUCGUCGCCUAUCAUCCCAAAAUAGAAGCUGUCCAGGAGUUUACCAGGACUCUGCCUGCCCUGGUGUGGCAUCGCCAGGACUGGUCCAUCCUCCAUCCCUACGUACACCUCAAUGCCGAUGAACUGGACGCCUUGCAGACAUGUACAGGUUACGUGGCUGGAUUUGUGGACUUGGAGGUGAGCAACAGACCGGACCUCUACGAUGUGUUUGUGAAUCUGGCAGAGAGUGAGAUCACCAUUGCCCCGCCUGCGAAAGAGGCCAUGGCCAUGGGAAAACUGCACAAAGAAAUUGGUCAGCUAAUUGUCCAGUCUGCAGAAGAUCCAGAGAAGUCCGACAGCCAGGUUAUACAGGAUAUCGCCCUAAAGACAAAAGAAAUCUUCAGCAGCCUGGCCCCGCUCUCCGAGGUUUCGGGUGACGGAGGGAAGCCGGUCCUCCGGGUCGAGGCACUGAAGCAGAAGCGGUUCCCGCCGGCCACAGAGAACUUCCUGUACCACCUGGCAGCGGCCGAACAGAUGCUGCAAACCUGAGCGCCCGCGGCCCUGCGCCGGGCCGCUGCCCGCUUUCACUCUCGUCACCAGGAACUAUGGGAGAUAACACGCAAAUGAUCUGUUUUUAAUGAUUUACUUGCAAGUUUGAGAUUUGACCUGAAAACACUGAAACUCAUGAAUGUGUUUGUGAUUGUUCCCCGCUCAUCCGCUCCCUGCCUGCUGUCCGAGGCGGACGAGGUGCCCUAACACGUGACAUCUGAAAGCUGCCGGUGCCCGUGGCCGCCGCGCGCUCACGCAGCUCGCCCCUGUCGUGAGCCCGCCGCCAGGUUUUCUGCAGCGCUGUGGCGAGCGCGGGUCAGCGGGAGCCCCCUGCAGGUGCACUCUCCUGUUCUCGGCCUCUGAACACUUUAGCUUCUGAGGGUUUUGCAUCGGGGUUAUUCUCGGGUUGCCAACUUUCGUAAUCCAUAUUGUUAUGGCCACGGAAGCCUCUGACAGCCGAGAGGCGUCACUGCUCUAACCCCGUGUUCUUUGAAGACUGGGGUCCUGUGCGGUGGCUUUCGCGCCCUCGGGAGGGAGUGGGAGGAUCCACCCUCAGGGGCCACCCCAGAGGGUGUCUCGAAGCCACCACAUAGCGAGCUGACUGCGCCUGUCCCGUCAGGGUCCUUCCCGUAGGCGGAGACCUUAAACUCGCCAAGGGAGCAGAGGUGGGUUCCCCACGCGUCAUUUCCGUCCCUGUGUCGUUAAUGAGGAAAGAUGGCUUUACCCAGGACUGUGUCCUUCGAAAUCUUACCGGGAAACACGCGUGCAAAAAUGUCUUUAUUGGAUCUGUCACUUUUACUGAGAGUGUUGGGCAUUGGUUUAAAAAAAAUAGCCUUUUCUCCGUCCCUCUUGGGUGGGAACGGGGGAGGACCUGAAGUGAGACGCUGACUGAGGCCGGCAGUGGGACACUGAACCUGCACUUUAUGGAAGUGAAUACUAACAUUUUCACACAUUAGCGAACAAAGUUGUUAAAAUUAUAAAUUCAUGUUGUAGAAAUAAAAUGGAAAAUAUUUUGAUACUUCA